CGCCAACCUGCCCGCUUUGCGCAGGCGCGGUCUGGCGCGGAGGCCACGCCCGGGAUCUAGGUGUAGGGGGUGUGGCCAAAGGGCAGAAGGGUCUCUCGCGCUGGGAGCGCUCUCUUGGGAAGGUGGCCUGAAAAUUGAGUUGGAGUGUCCUUGUUUCUCCUAUUGUCCAGGGGAACAUAGAUGGCUGGACACAGAAUCUAGAGACUUCAAAUAAUGUGGAGAUGUUUCGACCUUCAGGUUCCACUGGGCUGAUUCCCCCAUCCCACUUCCAAGCUCGGCCCCGUCCAACUCUGCCAAGAAUGGCUCCCACUUGGGUCUCAGACAUUCCCCUGAUCCAACCCCCAGCCCAUCAAGAUGUCUCAGAGAGGCAGCCAGACAACCAGAGACUUCAAGUGACCAUGUGGGAACCGGAAGUUUCUGGCAAAGGGCAGGAGCCCAGGUGGAGAGGCAGGUCUGUGGAGCUACCUGGGUCACAGGCCCUGAGCCAGCAGGCUGAGCUGAUCUCUCGGCAGCUGCAAGAGCUGCGGCGGCUGGAGGAGGAGGUCCGGGUGCUGCGGGAAACCUCACUGCAGCAGAAGAUGAGGCUGGAGUCCCAGGCCAUGGAGCUGGAGGCUCUGGCCCGGGCGGAGAAGGCCGGCCGUGCUGAGGCCGAGGGCCUGCGUGCUGCCUUGGCGGGGGCCGAGGUUGUCCGGAAGAACCUGGAAGAGGGGAGCCAGCGGGAGCUGGAGGAGGUUCAGAGGCUGCACCAAGAGCAGCUCUCCUCCUUGAUGCGGGCUCACCAGGAGGCUCUUUCCAGUUUGACUAACAAAGCAGGGGGCCUGGAGAAAUCUCUGAGUAGUCUGGAAACCAGGAGGUCAGGGGAAGCCAAGGAGCUGGCCGUGGCCCAGAGGGAGACCGAGCUGCUUCGGAAACAGCUGAGCAAGACCCAAGAAGACUUGGAGGCUCAGGUGACCUUGGUUGAGAAUCUAAGAAGAUAUGUAGGGGAGCAAGUCCCUCCUGAGGUCCACAGCCAGACAUGGGAAUCAGAGCGACAGGAGCUUCUAGAAACUGUGCAGCACUUGCAUGAGGACCGGGAUGGUCUGCACACCACGGCCGAGCUGCUGCAGGUGCGAGUCCAGAGCCUCACGCACAUCCUCUCCAUGCAGGAGGAGGAGCUGGCCCGGAAGAUUCAGCCUUCAGACUGCCUGGAGCCCGAGUUCACCAGGAAGUGCCAGUCCCUGCUGAAGCGCUGGCGGGAGAAGGUGUUUGCCCUCAUGGUGCAGCUGAAGGCCCAGGAGCUGGAGCACAGAGGAUGCGUGGAGCAGCUGAAGGGGCAGGUGGCAGAGCUCCAGGAAAGAGCUGAAACUCAGAGUCAGGAGCAGGCCAUCCUGCAGCGCUCCCUGCAGGACAAAGCUGCAGAAGUGGAGGUGGAGCGAAUGGGUGCCAAGGCCCUGCAGAUGGAGCUGAGCCGUGCUCAGGAGGCCCGGCGCCGGAGGCAGCAGCAGAUGGCCACAGCGGAGGAGCAGCUGAAGGUCGUGGCCAAUGCUGUCAGCAGCUUUCAGACCUGGUUCCAGAGCACCGUGGCCGAGGUGGAACGGGCCACGGCCCGACUGCCCAGCAUCAGUGCCCGAGUCAGCUAUGCCGUCCGCAAGGUCCACACCAUUCAGGGCCUGAUGGCUCGAAAACUGGCCGUUGCUCAGCUGCGCCAGGAGAGCUGCCCCCCACCCCCACCGGCCAGGGACAUGAGCCUUGAGUUGGAGCAGCUGCGGGAAGAGCGGAACCGCCUGGACGCGGAACUGCAGCUGAGCGCCCACAUCAUCCAGCAGGAGGUGGGCCGGGCCCGGGAGCAAGGGGAGGCGGAGCGGCAGCAGCUGAGCGAGGUGGCCAAGCAGCUGGAGCAGGAGCUGCAGCGCACCCAGGAGUCCCUGGCCAGUUUGGGGCUGCAGCUGGAGGCGGCUCGCCAGGGCCAGCAGGAGAGCAUGGUGGAGGCUGCCAGUCUCCGGCAGGAGCUGACCCAGCAACAGGAGAUCUACGGGCAAGCGCUGCAGGAGAAGGUGGCCGAAGUGGAAACUCGGCUGCGGGAACAGCUCUCAGAAUCAGAAAGGAGACUGAACGAGGCUCGGAGGGAACACGCCAAGGCCGUGGUUUCCCUGCGCCAGAUCCAACGCAAAGCCACCCGGGAAAAGGAGCGGAACCAGGAGCUCCGGCGCCUGCAGGAUGAGGCCCGAAAGGAGGAGGGGCAGCGGCUGACCCAGCGCCUGAAGGAGCUGGAGCGGGACAAGAACCUCAUGCUGGCCACCUUGCAGCAGGAGGGUCUCCUCUCCCGUUACAAGCAGCAGCGACUGCUGGCAGUUCUUCCUUCCCCACUGGAUAAAGGGAAUCCCGUGGAGCCCAGCCCUGGGUGCCCAGGGUCUUCAGUGCCUGCACCUCCAGCAGCGGCCCUCUGCACCAAGGAGUCCAUCAAAGGAUCCCUCUCUGUCCUGCUCGAUGACCUGCAGGGCCUGAGUGAGGCCAUUUCCAAAGAGGACGCUGUUUGUCAGGAUGACGACCAGAACUCCUCUACUUCAGCCUGCCUCUGAGCAGCUGGGAGGACUGAGAGGAUGAGGGUGGUGGAGAAGUGGGUCCGGGAGGGGCCAGGCCAGCUCUCUUCACCCUCCAGCUCCCCUUGGCAACACCAGCCACCAAGAUGUCUGAGAAUUCUCCUGUGGCUCAAUAAAGGUGACUACAGUAGAA